GGGAGGGUGCUGCAGGAGCUCGUGCAGCUGAACAACAGACGGAUGACAUGAGGCUGCACUUCCUCAAGAACAACCAAGUUACAUGUAAUGAUGGAACAGCGGCUGGGUUUUACCUAAAGGAGUUCAGAGGAAGCCGCCGAUGGCUGUUAUUUCUGGAAGGUGGCUGGUGCUGCCACAGCAAAGAUACCUGUGAUUCCAGGUACCAAAAUAUACCCAGACUAAUGAGCUCAUCGGGGUGGCCCCAAACAAAAAGAGGAACUGGAAUAUUGUCUUCUCAAGCGCAGGAAAACCCACACUGGCACAACUCAAACAUUGUAUUCAUCCCGUACUGCUCCAGUGAUGUAUGGAGUGGCACGGGGGUCGCCCCGACCCCUCCUCCAAGGCUACGGCAAGCUGAGUACACCUUCAUGGGAUCCCUGAUUAUCCGCGAGGUUGUCAAAGACCUCAUCCCCAAAGGAAUCAAGCAGGCCAAGGUUGUCAUGCUGUCUGGCACGAGUGCUGGGGGAACAGGUGUUUUGCUGAACAUCGAGAGGGUGGCCAGUCAGCUGGAGCAGCUCGGUGCAGAGGCUCAGGUCCGAGGCCUCGUGGACUCUGGAUGGUUUCUAGAGAGUAAACAGCAGAGGUCACCCAACUGCCCCGAGACUAUUUCCUGCUCACCUGAAGAUGCUAUCAAGAUAGGACUCAGGUUGUGGAACGGGGUUGUACCUGACAGAUGCCGGCAGCUCCAUAAGAGAGGAGAGGAGUGGCAGUGCUUCUUUGGCCACAAACUGUACUCUACCUUGACCUCCCCUCUGUUUGUUGUCCAGUGGCUGUUUGAUGAGGAGCAGCUGAGAGUGGAGAACAUCUACAUGGGAGGACAGAGUCUGUCCGAGGAGCAGUGGCAGUACAUUCAGAACCUGGGCAGGGAGCUCAAGAUCUCACUGAAAGAUGUCACGGCAGUGUUUGCUCCGUCCUGCCUCUCCCACACAGUGAUUACCAGAAGCAACUGGAUGAGUUUCCAAAUUAAAGGCACCUCUCUGCCACGGGCCCUGCACUGCUGGGACAGGAGUCUGGAGGCCACCCGCAACAACAGAACCCCUGCCAAAGGCUGUCCUUUCCAGCUGGUGGACACCUGCCAGUGGCCCCAGUGCAACCCCACCUGCCCAGCCUUGGUGGACCAGACCACCCAGCAGGAGCUCACUUUGCUCCAGAUGCUGGUCGCCAUGGGCCUUGACCUCCAGAAGCUGGGCCUGGAUCCCCAGGAAGAUGCAGAUUCUCUGGCCAGCGUGGUCAGCAAUGGUGGCUAAAUGUAA